AUGGGGAGGAAGAAGAUUCAGAUCACGCGGAUCGUGGACGAAAGAAACCGACAGGUGACUUUCAUGAAGAGAAAGUUCGGUCUGAUGAAGAAAGCGUACGAGCUGAGCGUCCUCUGCGACUGCGAGAUCGCCCUCAUCAUCUUCAACGGCUCCAAUAAGCUGUUCCAGUACGCCAGCACCGACAUGGACAAGGUGCUGCUGAAGUACACGGAGUACAACGAGCCCCACGAGAGCAGGACCAACUCCGACAUCGUGGAAGCCCUGAGCAAGAAGGAGCACAGAGGCUGUGACAGCCCAGACGCUGAUUCCUCCUACGUCCUCACCCCCAGUACUGAGGAGAAAUACAAGAAGAUCAACGAGGAGUUUGACAACAUGAUGAAGAGCCAUAAAAUUCCCACAGGUCAGCCCCAGCAGCCGUUCAUGCACGUGGCGCCAGGCAACACCAUCUACUGUCCUGGUGCAGGAGGAGGAGGAGGAGGAGGAGGAGGGGGGGGGGCGUCUCAGGCCUUAGCUGCAGCCACAGCGGUUCUGGCUGAAAGCGGGAUCCUCUCCUCAGGUCACACACAUCCCCACAGAGGCAUGAACUCCUCACAAAGACCUGCUGGCUCUACCGCAGGUGGGCUGCAGGGCAGUUCUGAUCUGGCUCUUCAAAACGGAUCUGGAGCAGCUGUGAACGGCUUUGUGGGUUCCAGCGGUGGCAGCAGCUUAGCGAAGCUCGCACCACCAAAAACCCCUCCUCUCCCUCCUCAUGGGAACAGCCUGGUCCCAGGUAAUCGCAAGACCGACCUCCGAGUUGUCAUCCCUCAGUCCAAAGGAAUGAUGCUGAGUAACCAGAGGCUAAGCAGCAGUCAGUCCAGUCAGCCCCUGUCCACACCAGUGGUCUCCAUCACAACACCCAGUCUUUCUCACCAGAGUCUGGCCUACUCUGGCAUCGCCUCUGCCUACAACAAUGAAUACUCCCUGAAUAGUGCGGAAAUGUCAGGCUUCGGCUCCACCCCAGGCCCCUCUCUGGGCUCCAUGGCAGCAUGGGAGCAGCACCAGCUGAGCUCCUUAGGGUCAGCAGGCUCCAAUCUCUCCAUGAACGCCAACCACAGCAUCAGCAUCAAGGCCGAGCCCAUCUCCCCGCCCCGGGACCACCUCAGCCAGCCUGGAUACAUGACUCACGCUCACAACCCCCACCACCAUCAUUCCUCCGCCUCGUCGUCGGCUCGCGCAGAGAUGGGGAGGUCUCCCGCCGACAGCGUCAGCUCCUCCUGCAGCUCCCAGGAGGGCGUGAGCGACCGGGAGGAGCAGCAUCAGCAGAGGCCAGACCUCCACUCUCUCUCUGCGGGUCGGUUAGAAGGUGGGGACAGCCCCACGAUGAAGCGGAUGCGAAUGGACAGCUGGGUGACAUAA